UCAGUGCAGGCAGCGCGGCGCGCCUGCGUGAGCCUUUCCGUGUGCAGUGUGAGUGAGUGAGUGAGAGUGCUGCAGUGAGUGCGCCGAGCGCGGCCGGCGCGCCGCCAUGAGCUCCUACCUCAUGAACCCCACGUACCACCACCAGUCGCCGGCCGUCAUCGUGGACCCCAAGUUCCCCCCGACCGAGGAGUACAGCCAGAGCAACUACAUCUCGGGCGCCGAUUUCUUCGGCCACCACCACCACCAUGUGCAGGGCCAGCACCACGGCCACCAGUACGGCUACCACCAGAUCCCAGCCCCCGUCCCGUACGGCGCCACCGCCACCACCACCAUCCAGAUCACCACCAACGCCCCUGGAUAUGGUGGCUACGGGGGCAACUACUACCACCCCCAUCCCCACCCCCAUCACCACCAGCACCAAAUACCCCCUCCCCCUCUGCCCCCCGAGACC